AAAACUGGUAUAGUAACAAAAACGUGUAUUAGUUUUGGUUAGAUUUGAGCAAACAAAUGUUGGUUUGUAAAAUCAUUAUUGCUGAUAGUUUUGUAAGUCCAAGAAGAAAGUAAGUCGUUUUUUUAACAAAGUGUUAUAGUCAAAAUGACUUCUUUCGAAAAAACGAUGCAAGGUGAUUCCGAUGACUAUACAGAAGACGAAAGGCAUAUUAUUGGAAAAGAAGCGGCCAGACUUCGUUGGGAGUUCGAGGAAGAGAGAGCCGGGAAAGGAAAGAGCAAGCACGGCAACAACCCCGCAACAACCAGUGACAUAUUCCAGAGUGAAACAAGCCACUCAAUGGCCAUGCUAGCCGACUUAGACCGACAAGUGAAAGAAGCUAUGAACAAAAAACAGGAAUCACUCCGCGAACUCCGCGAGCUACAAUCGCAACUCAAGAGCAGUCGGAACGCUCCGGCGCAUCCUCAACCCGCUAGCCCUCUGAGUUAUGCGUCACCAAUGCAUAGCGCCGCGCCUUCGGUAACAUUUGAGAAACACGACAACACCGAUUAUCAGUUGUUGGAAUUCAAAAUCGAAAGCGCAAAACGAGAGCUGAAAAAUAUGGACGAUCAAAUUUCUUCACGUCGCAAAAUGUAUGAAAACAGUCUGGGUGUGAAUACAGCUGAAGUUCUGGCUAUAAUUGAGGAGCGGGACGCUCUGAAAAAGAAACUAGCAAGUGGUGAUUUUGCGUUUAGCUAUGUUGAAAAGUUGGAACUUGAACGCCAAGUCAAUAUCGCGAAAGAACAAGUUUUCGCUGAGCAGAAAAACGCCCGGAAACAAGGAGAAAAAUUACAAGAUGAAAUCGAAGAUUGUCAGAAGACGAUUGAAGACUACCAGAUGGCCAACCAGGAGUUGGUGGGGAAGAUAGAACAGCUGGAGGGGGAUAUGAGGAAGAGGGGGGAGGAGGGGAGGGAGAGGGAGGAUCAGCUAAAGAGUGAAAUCAGGGAUCUCAGAAACGAAAUCGAAGACAGGAAGGUUGCCGAGCAUAGACUAUCUCUAGACGCCGCAGACAAGGAAAAGUCAAAUCAGGACUUGCAAAUGAUAGUAAUCGAAAAAGAAAAGCAGAUCACUCAAGCGCACGACGAAAAAUCACAGAUGGCUCGCGACCAAAUUGAAACCAUCUCAAACCUCAAAGCCGAACACGCUUCGCACGUGAAAUCUUUGACAGAAAAGUUGGAAAGUGAACAAAAAAUUGCUCUGGCGAAUUUGGACAAGAAAAAAACGGAAGAAAUGACUCAUGCUGUCGACAAACUGAAAGCCGAAAUUUCGGAAUUCAAAUCGAAUCAUUGUCGAAUUGUGGACAAUUACAACUACGAUCUUGAAAGUUUGAAGAAAAAUUUGGCUGAAGAGCAGCAAAAAUCAAGCGACUUGAUUCGGAAAAUGAAAACGGAAUUCGAAGACGACAUCAAAAGCACAAUUCACAAAGAAAGGAUGUUCAAUGAUGAAGAGCAAUCUAGACUUGUUUCGAAAGAAAAACAAAUAUUUGAGGAUGAAUUAAAACGAGUGAGUUCUCGUCUUAACGACGCAAUUGAAUACGAGAAAUCUCAACUAGCCGAAAUGAAAACAACCAAUGAGAAACUGAAACGCGAGCUGGAAAAUUCACUGGAAAAACACAAAGCGGAUCUCCACGAAAUGACCGCGGCUCAUGAAGGGGCAAUCGGUAAACUUAGAAACCAGCACUUCCAGGAAAUUGAACAGUUACGUAAUAGGAUGACGUCAGAGCGUGACACGGAAGUUGAAAAGUUAUGCAAGCAGAGUGACGAAUUAGAAGGGCGAUUACGUCAUCUUGACAAAGACCAUGUCGACCUUACCACUAAAGUCGACCAUUUCUUCAACGUUUUCGACCAUCAUGAGAAAACGAUAGUUUGCGAGGUCAAUGACCUCUGCAAGGUCAUAGCUGAAGCUCUAGAUAUUGACCCUAGAAAAGUGACCUCUAAAAUGAGUCAGGUUAAACCGCAUCAAAUGCUUCUGAACCCUGCGCUGCAGAAAACUACAACCCGAAACUGCUUAGCUAACAUGCGAGCCACUGUAACCGACCUGGUUAAUAAUUACAGCGACCUUCAGAAUGUUAUAAAUGGGUUAAGACAUCAGUUGAAGGAUUUGAGGAAAGAAACGGAACAGAAGUUGGUGACUUUGACCGAGCAUAUGAGUGUAGCAAACGAAAAAGAACGCGAAGGUUUGAAAGAGGAGCUGGAAAAUGCGCACGCAAAAAUAGUUUCCGAACUGCAAAACGUGAUCCGAAGUCGUGAAGCCGAAAGCGACGACUUGAAAAAGAAACUUCGAAUCAUGGAAAACGAAGUCGAGGACUUGCAUAAAUCGAUGACAAAGUGGAAGGAAGAAACAGCAGCGAGACUUUCGCAGACUUUCGAAACGGAAAUGAAAAGUUUGUAUCUUCGCAAAAUGCGAGAAGAGCAAGAAGCGACAGAACUGCUGAACAAACAGAAACUGCUGAUCAAACUCGAGGAUCAAAUUAGCCGACUGAGAGCCGAACAGGCGCUCGGAAAGAGUUCAGACCCGAGUACUGCCAAGCUGAUUAGUCAUCUUCAGGAACGAAUUAGAGGACUGAAAUUUGAAACUCAUCAAUCAUAAAUCAUAAAAUGUAACAUUUAUACGUUUGUUACCAAUUACUUACCUGGACUGUUUGUUUUUAUAUUAUGCUAAUUAUUGUUGUACAUAAAAAUUAACUGUGUGAUAAUAA